GGCGCGGCCGUUCCGGCCCGUUGUCACUGACGCUCCGCGGUCGCUGGGGCUGCCGCUGCGGAGCCGAGCGGGGAGCCCGGCCGGCGGGUAAGUGGCCCCGGGGGGGCUGCCCUUCCCCUCCCCCGGUCAAGCUGCGGUGCCGAGCGGGAGGCGUCCCGACGCCUCCUCUCCUCACGGCGGUGCGGACAAGGCCCACGACGUUGCGCAUUUCCCGGCUCCUCGGGCGGUUGCGGCGAGGCCAGGGCGGGCGGGGGGAGAAGGAGGCGGAGGCGGCGACGGCGGCGGCAGCGGCAGGCGGCGUGGCGACAGGCCUCCCCUGCGCUGGGAUUCUGAAUAUGGAGUGGGGAGGAGAGUAUUCUCUUGAUUCUUCCAAUUUAGACUGUUUGUUAAAUGUCCUCCCUGGAGAACUGGAGUUUCAACAGAUCCUUAAUGAUCUUGAUGAAAAAAUAAAGAAGAAUUCUUCUAGCAUGGAACAAUGUCUUAAAGACCUGCAAUCAGAAGUAAAUGAAAUAUGUACUGAUGAAAUGCUACAAAGCACAGAUGACUGCCUUCAGUGGUUAAACAACUGCAGUUUUGUUUCUCUCCGUCCUUCAUCUACACAACAUGGAGAGCUGAUGGCUUUCCUUAGGACUCUGCAAAGAUUGCUGAAGAAUGAGCAAAAUCAAGAAGAAAUGAUUCUUCACUUCCUUCUGGAUCUCUCUAGUCAGUGUGGUGUCUCAUUUCCCUCUUCUCCAAGUGGAAUGUCUUUUGAGUUUACAUCUUCUCUUCAUGCCAUUGAGGAUGAUUCAACAAUGGACGUGAAAUCUCUCUGGGAUGAUGUGAGACUGCAUCUUCGACGAUUUUUAGUAAACAGACUGCAAAGUCAAGAAGAGACGAAUCCCAGUGCUUCACAACAACAAAUACAGCUUAAAACUCAGUGCAUACAGCAACUUCUGUUUCUUUAUCCUGGAUCAGAAGUCUUAUCAAAGUAUCAAAAUAUGCAGAAUAAGAUGGUUCGUGAUCUUCUACAGAACUGUGUUUUGUCUAGCUGUGGUGAAACAAAUUUUGAUAAGGUUGUUCAUGGCUACCAAAGUUCCAUACCCACAUUAUGCACAAUAAUAAAAGAGGAUUUCUAUAUCCUAAGUGGAACUAUCGAUCCUUCUUCAUCAUUGAAGUUUAUAAAUGAAACUUAUCUGGAUACUAUCACUGAAGAAAUAACAGUUCUUCUUGAAAGACUUUGUGAGCUGCAGUUCAAAGAAAAUGCUCUGCACGUAGUUAAGGCAAACAAGAUUUCAAAGAAGCAUAGGAGAACGGUUCAUGCUGUGGCCUCCCAAGAAUACCACAAAAAAGGAAGGAACUUCUGUUUAACAUUGUAUCAACUCAAAUGUCUUUCUCAACUCAUCAAACUCUUUUUAUUCAUGGAAGAAAAAAUAGAAGAACUCUCUGCAGAAAUUCUGUUGAUGCCUUUGUUUAGUGAGAAGAAUAAGAAUGUUCAAGGAGUUCUGAAGAAAGCUAGUGGGGAGCUUUUAAUAGGAGAAACUAGAGCAAAUGAAGCCAGUGUGCUUCCUGAACCGUUACUUCAGGUAAAAGAGCCUAUUUCACUGAAUUUUGGUUGGAGAAAUGCAUUUAAAGACCUGUCUUCUUCAGUGGCACACUGUAUAACAAUAGCAAUUCAGGAUUUUUCAACUAAAAUUCUUCAACAUGAGCAGCAAGAACAGUCGUCAGCUGCAGGCUAUGCAAUGAGUCUUGUAAACAACCAGCAAAUAAGGGAGACCUGCAGAGCAGUCCAACAGGAGGAGCAACCAAAACGAAUUGCUAAGUUUUGUUCUGACAUCAUGGGAGAACUUGACACACUGCUUCCAUUGGCUCUGGCAUGCAGAGAUGAUUCUCUUCAGGAAAUUAGAGCAAAUUUUGUAGAGGCUUGCAGCAAAGUAGCAACAGCUGUCCUGGCAAGACUAGAGGAGAAAAGUGAAGACGUUCCCUCCAAGGCUCCACUGCAAAACUUGUACGCUGCUCUUUCCACAGCAAUAUAUGUCUACCAGCAUUUUACAAUGUAUAGCAAUUUAAUGAGAGAAAGCAGCAAAAAACCUCUUUUCUUAGUGCCUGUCCAACAAUAUCAGGAAUUCAUCAAUGUUCUUCAGUUUCAAGUUACGAACUACUGCGUCAGAGUUUGUGCUACAAGCAUUUUGCAGGAUGCUGAGAGCCACCACUGGGAUGACUACAAAGCUUUUUAUGAGGGUGAAAGAUGCUCAUUCUCAGUCCAGAUGUGGCAUUACUUCUGCUGUGCGCUUCACCAUGAUCUAUGGACUAUUCUACCUCCCAAGUUAGCCCAGGAGAUUCUUACAGAUGUGCUAGAGCAAUCUUUGGCUGUGCUGUCCUCCAGAUAUUCCCAGGCCUGUCCUAGUUAUAAGCGAACACCACAAAUCAGAAUAGAUAUUGCAGCAAUUUUGAUGUCCACUGAAAAUAUGCUGUGGUCAGUUUGCAGCUCAGUCCAGGAAUUUCUGAAUCCACAUGAAGACAGGGAUCUCAAGAUCUAUAAAAUACAUAGCCACUGCAAUAAUAUGCUCUCUGUGCUAGCUAUUUUAACUUCACCACUGAAAGAUUUGUAUGAGAUGCUUCUGAACAAUUCUGGAGAACAUCCUCCUCAUGGUUUUUUUGACAGCUUUUAUAAUCCGUUACACUGGUUAUUUUGCAUACCAUCAUCCAGUGCUUCCUUACUGAAGAGUCCAUCAGCCAGAGAAAUGGCAGCCCAGGGUCAACUGAAACUGCUCUUAUCCCAGCCAUAUUGUAAUUUGAACUUGCUCUUGGAAACCUUGCUAUAUCAUGAUUGUCUCUUGGUGAAAAUUUUACUGAAAAGUUCAAGAAGUGAGGUAUUGGCUGGCGAUGAACAAAGUUCUCUCUCAGAUGAGAUAAAUAACAAAGAGCCUACUCUGAUUGAAACUAUCUUCGCUAUAUUGUCUGACUGCAUUUUAUCACCCAAAUCACUUGGCAUUGCUUUUGAGGCCUACAUGGAAAAAGAACAGUUGUGGGAUUGCUUAUACAAUAUGACAGUUUCCAGUUGUGGCGAGUCAGAACCAGAGGUUAUCAGAUGCUUGAAGCUGACUUUGAUUAAUUCAGUCAAGGGUAUAGUGAAGCAGAUCGUUUCUUUGAUGCAUUCGUGGGAGGCAACAGAAAACUAUGGAACGUAUCAGCACAAGCAAAUUGUUCCUGAAAGUUUACUGAAAACAGUUCCAAAGGAAUGGAAUUAUACACCUCGGGAAAUGAAGAGGAAGGAAUCUGGGAAAUGCUUCACAAGGCUUGCAGCUCAGGCAGUAUCUAUUGUAAUCAGCAAGUUACCUACAGUGAUUGCAUGUUUGCCUCCCCCAAUUAAGUACUUCUUUUUUCUGGCUGAGAGAAAAAUGUCAAGAAACUUUGCUGAAUUGAAGAAAGCUGGUCUGCUUGUCUGGAACUUGAUUGUAAUUAUAUGUCGGAUAUUUGAGGAUGGAAAUACUGCAGAACUUUUAACAGGUGCAACACUUGACAGAUGGAGCAAAGAAAAACUCAGUUUAGUUCGUGUAUGCUUAGAAAGUAUUAUGGGAAAACAGAAAAGUGGUCCUAAGCAAGUGACCCAGAAGGUUAUACAGAGCAUAGAACAGCAAAGACCAAACUGGAUUGAAAGCCAGUUGCUGAAGGCAAGAAAACUGAGCACAGACUGUGGCUCGGAUGCAAUAGAAGGUGCAGUGUUAGAGCAAGAAGGCAUUGCAUUUGGAUUCACUGAGCAGAAAAUAAACAUGAUGGUCCUGGAUAUCUGCCACAAACCAGGUGGCAGUGAGUACCUGAGGCAAAUUUAUCACAUCAUCCGGCUCAAUGAGGAAUAUUUGAACGAGCAACUGUCUUGUGAGAAUUCUCCUGAAGAGAAUAUUACUUCCAAUCAAAGCUUGCUUUUGACACUGAAGGGCAGAGAGGAGCAAGCUGUCUUCAACCCCUUCCAGGUGCACAGCCAGUCUUGUGCGAAAGUGUUCAAUCAGUCAACCAUUACUGAAUGGAACUGGGAUUGGUCAGACUUGCUGCCAAGUUGUUUGGGACUGAAUCAGAUGACCUUCAGGGUGCUGCUGACACACAGAAACUAUGGUGACAAUUUCAAGCACGCUAUUUGCAGGUAAAAGAUGGGGUUUUUUUGCCACAUUUUCAGUAUAAUACUAGAACUGAAUGCCCUAACCGUUUAAUUGCACCUCAAUUUUACAUAUAGAAUAUUUGUUCAGUUUACUUACACUCUUCUUAAUUCGACUAAAAUGAAUUCUUCCCUGACCCAAAUUGUUAUUUUCUAAAAUUUUGAUACAGCUGCACAGGAAGUAACACUGGCAAAAACAUGCUCUCCCUUUUGCCAUCCAGUUCUUCUACCUUAUCCACUUCCAGGCAGAAUGUGUGGCUACAUGAACUUUCUGAUUUGUACCAGUAGUGCCAUUUUUAUGUUAAAUGACAGAGAGAAUUCAGUAAUAUUCCUUCCUGUGAUAGUUAGCUGAUCACUAACAUUUAUUCUUCAUUUAAAAAUGGGUUAGCUUGCCCUUUUGAAAGAGAGCCUAAUAGAAAUUCUUAGACUGAAAACGUUCUUUAUACUUCCCUUUAAGUUGAUGUGCUCAAUAUGAACCAAACAAAGUAGAGAGAACCGCUCUGAUUGCAGAGGAAACAUUUUCUGUGGUCACUUCAUCUUCCCUGAUGUCUUGAAAACAUUCCACUUUUCUUUAGAUCUCUGUAUAAAUUUAGGAAAGAAGUCAUGUGUAUACAUCUUCUCCAUAUUUCACACUUUUAUUGUAUGUUCUAUUGUUGCAUCUUUCUUUUCUUUUCUUUUUCCUUCUAAUAAUUGCCCUAAUUGUUGUCAUUCUUCCUAAUUUGAAAAUGUCUCCAUUCAUUGCCCUUCUACGUGAUAUGGAAAUUCUCAUCUAGAAGUGACAUUAUGCAAGACAUUAAUGAUUAGUUCAUGGAUUUAUUAUUCAAACUUCUCUCUACUUUAAAGACCAACAGAUCAUCUAAAUCCCUUGUGAGCCUUAAGCAGAGCUGCUAGUCCUGACAUCCACCAUAAUGACCAGCAUCUCCUACACAGCUUGUCUUUAUAUGGCUCAAUUUUUAGUAUAGCUGAAGUUUGUCUACCCUUGUUUUCUAGAUAGACAGGCCAAUUCUAGCUAGUCUUGUAGUUACUCAAACAAGUUUUGCAGUGACUCACAUAAGCCAUAUCUUUUGGUGAUGUUUCAUACUCCUUAAAAUUACACAGGUUUCAAUCUUACUCAUGCUCAUGGCUUAAGGAUCAGGCUAAGUGGGUGUGUGAUUAUUUUGACCUUGAUUUGUGGAUCCAUCCUGUUUUUACCAUUUCCUAUCUCUGGUGAGAUGAACAAAAUGAAGGACAGUACUUAAAAAGAGUCAGAAUCAUCAUACUGUUAUAAUUACUCAUCUCAUUUCUGUAACGUAUGCCAAAGCUUUCCCUUAGCAGUUACUUUUACGCAGCCCAGAAUACCUUUACCUGCUCAAAGUGGUCAUGAGGUUUGUUUCUUUUUAUAUUUAGAAAGAAAUAUUAUCUAAUGUACAUGAAGAAAAAUAAUAUGUUCUGCUCUCUUUUUUUGGGGGGGAAGGGGGGGGGGGCGAGGAAGACAGUUCGGAAAUGCUUAGGGGAUUCAUUUACAAGGGAAAUGUUCCUCUAACCUAGUUAAUGACUGAGUUAGGUGGAACGGGGUUAUGGGACUAUUGUCCCAGAGCCAGUGAGUGGUAGGCAAAUUAAUUGGUUGGUGGUUAGGGGAAAGUAAGACGCUUUUAGGACUGGUUAAAAACAGAAUGAAUGGUUGCAUACUGCUUAUUGUUGGCUCCACAUGAGGGCAUGAAUCUAUUCCAUCAAAUCCAACGCUUACUUCAAAGUAAGUAUUUAGAAGACUUCAAAUGAAAGAUGUGUGUUGUUGAUGUUAUCAUGUGAUUUCAAUCUUAUCAAAUGUAGAAGGUUAUCAAAAAUAGCCUGUUAGAAUUGAUCAUUAGGUGGAAACAGAAAAAAAACAGUUAAUACCUUUUGAAACUGUAAAAAAAAAAGUUACAGACAGAAAACUUCAUUCACUUUCUGGCUUUAUUUCUGAUUAUUUCUAUAUGUAGUUCUAGCUGCAAGAAUGAAUGUUAAAACACACUUUUUAUUGUACUUAAAGUAAUAGCGUAUAAACAUUCAGCUAAUUUAUAGUAUUUGAUUUAACCAAGUUUUCAAGCAUAUCCCAUAUAGUCAUGCAGAUACAUGCUGCUUUAUUAAAUCUUGGUGUUCAGUUUUACAUCCUUACUUAAUUUCAUCAUCAAAUUAUCUUUACCUCUAAUACAUUCAUUGAGACAAGAAGACCAUGUGCUUUUUGUUAUUAUUUAAUUGAUGUAUAUUUCAACUUUUAAUGAUUGUGUUACUCAUAAAGUAAAGAUUGUUACUGCCUGGCUAAGUUACAUUGAAAUCAUUUGUGCAGAUUGUUCUAUCAGCUGUCAUUAUCUUUUCUUGUUAGCUGCUUGGCAAUUUCUCUGUAGACACUGCAACAUUAGGACAUACUUCAGUGACUGUAGUGGGUCGCCUUGGCCAGUAACUAGGCAUCUAUACAGCCCCUUGCUCACACCUCUGCAGUAGGUCAGUGUGGGGAGAAUUGGAGGGGUCAAAGUGAGAAAACUGAUGGGUUUAGAUCAAGAUAGUUUAAUACGUGAAAUGAAAGUCGUGCACACAAGCAAAGCAAAAUAGGGAGCUCCUUCACUUCUACCCAGCAGGCAGAUGUUUAGGCAUUCCAGACAAGCAGGGCUCAUCACACUUAAUGGGUAUCUGAGCAGACAAACACCACAAUCUGAACGUCACACCCUUUUCUCAUCUGUUCCCCCAGCUUUCCUUGCUAAGCACAGUGCCAUAGGGUUUGGCCUGCCCUCUUGAGAUCAAGUGUCUUGACCGCAUCCUCUCAUAGCCUCUUGUGUGCCUACUUGCUGAGGAGGCAGAGUGGGAAAAAGAGAAAGCCUUGGCACUGUGUUGAGUGACUGAAAAAAUGCUAGUGCGUUAUUAGUUCUAUUUUAGACACAAAUGGAUAGCAUGGCAUCUGGGGAGAAGGAGGCUGAAGGGAGACCUUAUUGUUCUCUUCCAAUAUCUGAAAGGUUCUUUCAGCGAGAGUAAGGUUGGUCUUUUCUCCCUGGUGACAGGUGACAGGAUGAGGGGAAAUGCCCUCAAGUUGCACCAGGGUAAGUUUAGGUUGGAUAUCAGGAAAAACAUCUUUACAGAAAGGGUUGUAAAGCACUGAAAUAGGCUCCCCAGGGAGGUGGAUGAGUUACCAUCCCUGGAUGUGUUUAAAAACCAUUUGGAUGUGGUGCUCAGCCAUGGUUUAGCGGAAGGUUGUUAGAGUUAGGCUAGUAUGGUUAAGUCAUGGUUGGACUCGAUGAUCUUUAAGGUCUUUUCCAGCCUGAGCAAUUCUAUGGUCCUAUAGUUCUAUUCAUUUUCAUCAUAUAAAGAAAAUGAACUCUGUCACAACUGAACCAAGUGCAGCAACUCAUGCACAAAAGUAAAUUCACCUUCUUGUUCAUGCAUUCUCCUUUAUACUGGUGUACGAUACUUAACUCUGUUUUCAGAGGAUUGUCUCAGCCAACAUAUACGAUGUUAGAAUACAUAUGUACAAUAUAACAUUUGGUUGUGUUUUGUGAUGUGACCUUCUGUUGUUCUACAGAACAUUCAGCUUCACUUGUUAUGUUACUGUAGCGAAUAGCUACAUUUCACUCACUAUAAAUAUGAGAAACAGCCUAGAACUUUUUGAAUCACAGGGAUCCAUUGCCCAAUACUGCAGUAAGUUGCAAUUCUGAGAACUGGGGGCAUUCCGUCCUUUGCAGUUAGGAAAGUUCCAUGGAGCAGUAGGUACCAAUGCAGGUCCUAUAUGAAUGUUGAUUUCAUGGUAGUGAUGUGCUCGUCUGAGUGUGAAUGUGUGAGCAGGAGCAUUCAGGGAGCUCCAGAAAUAGAGAACUCAUGCCUGUGGCAAAGCCAACAGAGGUCUAAGUAUCAUAAGAUACUAAGAAUCAGCAUCCUAGGAACUUAAAAAUAAGGAAUACAUUGUUUUGCUGUAAAUGCGUCAGAUAAAAAACUAUGCCAGGCACUAUGAAGAAAAUAAACUAUCUCCCUGAAACCAGCUGAAGCCAGUGCAGUAUAAAGAAUUAUUCAAGUUAAAAGCAGUAUUUGUUCAAGUGGAUAAGAACUGCUGUGAAAUGUAAAUGGUGUAGACUGCAGAUUAAAAGAUUUCCAGCAGACCAGUAUAGCUCAAGAACAGUUCUCCAGAAAACAUUUGAACAGUGAUAGGAACAUAAAUAGUUUUUAAGUAGAAACUGGGUAGAUUCAGUGGUUUAUGUCCAGCCAUGCGUUCUUUUGAUUAAAUAUUCUCAAAGACCCAACAACUUUUCAGAGUGAAAAACCUGGAAUUGUUUAUGUAUUGGCUUGAGGUAAGCUAUCAAAAAGUAAUAUGUUUUCUACUAAAUUUAGGUAAAAUAUGUAUGCUUUGUAGUAAUAUUUGCUGCCAAAUAUGCACAAAUUCUCAUGUUCUUUUCACUUUACAGUUUUUCUUAAUGUAGUCCAGACUGGUAAAUUAGAAGUUUAGUACUGUUUACAUGUGACACUGUUUUUUACCAAAGUAAAGUUUCCUUGAUAUUAAGUUGCUAUCCUGAUAUAAAGAAAAUCUUUUUUUUUUUCUUUUUUAAAUGCUUUGACUGUACUUAAAGAGAACCAUUCACUUGCCUUUUAUGUACAACUUUAUCAGCAUAAUUGUGGCAUUUUUUUCACGCACUAGGGUUGGGUGAUAAAAUCACAUACAUAUAUUCAUAUAUAUAUAUACAUAUAUAUGAUAUAUAUAUAUAUAUACAUAUAUAUAAAACCACUAAUUAAGGUUAAUAAAACUGAAAUGCAGUAAAAAACUCUUGUUUAGAAUUUUGUAUGAUUGCAGGGCAAAUCUGCAUAGCUCUUGUAUAUUCUAGUGGAUACACAGACACCAUCUGUUGUGAAUGGUAGCCAUAUGGUGAACUAUUUAUAGAAAAUGUUUAUAUUCAUUGUGUUGUUGAUUAUCUUGAUAUCCAGAAAAUGCUCUUUUAAAAUCCAGUUUAUCAACACAUGGAAAAAUUUAUUAUGUAGUUUUGAAAUUGAAGAGAAUGUCAGCAAACUUGCAUGCACUUUGCUAGUUGUGAAAGAUUUUUAUGCAACUGUCACAAGUCCAAGUCAGAGGAAUGAAUGAAGAUACCAAGGGUAUGGAAAGGUAGCAAGUUCUCUGACAAUUUUCUUUGUAGUAGAAACAAAUGGUGGGAUAGGAGUUACUGGCAGUAUGCCAAGAUAAAGGCCCUAUCUGCAUGGCGGGGGAUGCCAGUCUUAUGUCUAGUGUACUUUUGGAUGUGUCAGUCCAACCUUCUUUUAAAUAAGAGAUGCUCCUUUAUGUACGCGCACUGCUAGAUACUGGAAAUCAGUAUUGGUGCUAUAUCUACAACUAUUAAUGAUGUGUUGGUGAAGAACUGUGAUGCCAUUAAUACUGAAGCAAUUACCACCUGCUCAGUGAGUUUAUAAUGGAUGCCCUUAUAGUGCAUAUGUGUACAAGCUUUCUAAAAUGCAAGGAAGGCAUUCCUCGUUGUAUCUCAUUGUUACCAGAUCACUGGCUUUCUCCUGGUUGAUCACAGACACAGUGAGGAUUAGAACCUAGUGCUAAUUCAAAAAGGGGGGAAAAAGUCACUGGGAUUUUUGGAUAGGCAAUAAUUUUUUUCCACAAGUGAGCUGGUCAAUAAGAAGACAUAUGUCAGAUCCAUCAACACAAGAGUUAUCCUCCAUCUGCUUAUCUCCUUCUUAUAUGACAAAUGAAACUAUAUCCCGACUUCAAAGAAUCUGUCAGAAAACAUUUAAUUCUUUGCAUGGCAGUUAUAAAGCAUUGGUGACAGAAUGCACAUUGCUGAGCAAAAGGAAAGAGUAUACUUUGUAAAUACUGUUUGAGUGCAAUUCCAACCAGUAUUAUGUAUACAUUUGUAGCACAAAUUGUGCAGGAAAGGGAACCUGAAGUUGAGACUUCGCAUAUGAAGUAUGCCUUAGAUGUUUCUAGGUGCUAGCAGUCUGUCUCUCCUGCUAACAUGUUGGUCAAUCCUGUAUAAAAAACAAUAUACUUAAAUAACUUUCACAAAAAGAAAAAAAAAAGCUAAAAAGGAAGGGACUGAUGUAUCUCAGUUCAUGUGAACUCCUUUUUAAUAUGUGGAAAUACUUUAUCAUUAUGCCUUUGCAUACCUGGGAUAAGAAGUGUGUACUUAACAGCUCUGUUUGAAGGAACACUGAUAAAAGUACUUCAGUAAAGUUUCAGUCUGACUUGAUACUUUCAAUUGCUCAAAACUUGCUUCUAAAAGAAAAUUUUAAAAAGAGCUAUAUUGUGUAAAGAGCUGCCUAUCUGUCAAAGCAUAGGCCUGUUAUGCAAGCCAUUUUUACGAGGUUAUUUCACUGCAUCUUGCUUUCUCCAUUGAAAUUAGAUAGCAUUUGUGAGUGUGUUUGUGUUCUUCUUUAUGUUU